AUGACAGCUGUCGAAACGCAAGUGCAAUACAGCACCACCUAUACGAUGUCCACCACGGAGGAGUACAUGACCCAAGAGGAUGACUGGGACAGGGAUCUGCUGUUGGACCCAGCUUGGGAGAAGCAGCAGAGAAAGACGUUCACAGCCUGGUGUAACUCUCACCUGCGUAAGGCAGGCACACAGAUUGAAAACAUUGAGGAGGACUUCAGAAAUGGCCUCAAACUCAUGCUGCUGCUUGAGGUCAUCUCAGGUGAGAGACUGCCCAAACCUGACAAAGGCAAAAUGCGUUUCCACAAGAUUGCCAACGUCAACAAAGCUCUGGACUUCAUCGCAAGCAAAGGGGUCAAGCUGGUGUCCAUUGGCGCUGAGGAGAUUGUUGACGGUAAUGUGAAGAUGACCCUUGGAAUGAUCUGGACUAUCAUUCUGCGUUUUGCUAUUCAGGACAUCUCUGUGGAAGAGACCUCUGCUAAAGAGGGUUUGCUGCUGUGGUGUCAGAGGAAGACUGCCCCCUACAGGAACGUCAAUGUGCAGAACUUCCACAUCAGCUGGAAGGAUGGCUUGGCUCUGUGCGCUCUCAUUCACAGACACAGACCUGACCUCAUUGACUACUCUAAACUGAGAAAGGACGACCCAAUUGGUAAUCUGAACACUGCCUUUGAGGUGGCUGAGAAGUAUCUUGAUAUUCCCAGAAUGCUCGACGCCGAAGAUAUUGUGAACACCCCUAAGCCUGAUGAGAAAGCUAUUAUGACCUAUGUGUCCUGUUUUUACCAUGCCUUCGCCGGUGCCGAACAGGCUGAGACUGCUGCUAACAGGAUCUGUAAGGUGCUGGCUGUGAAUCAGGAGAAUGAGAGAUUGAUGGAGGAGUAUGAAAAACUGGCCAGUGAGCUGCUGGAGUGGAUCCGUCGCACCAUCCCCUGGCUGGAGAACCGUGUGGCUGAGCAGACCAUGCGCGCCAUGCAGCAGAAGCUGGAGGAUUUCCGAGACUACAGGCGCGUUCACAAGCCUCCCCGCGUUCAGGAGAAAUGCCAGCUGGAGAUUAACUUCAACACCCUGCAGACUAAACUCAGACUCAGCAACCGCCCGGCGUUCAUGCCCUCCGAGGGAAAGAUGGUGUCGGACAUUGCUAAUGCCUGGAAAGGCUUGGAGCAGGUGGAGAAGGGCUACGAGGAAUGGCUGCUGACUGAGAUCCGUAGGCUGGAGAGGUUGGAUCACCUGGCAGAGAAGUUUAAACAGAAGUGCUCUAUGCAUGAGGGCUGGACCGCAGGAAAGGAGGAUCUGUUGUCUCAGAAGGACUAUGAGUCUGCCUCUCUGAUGGAGAUUCGUGCCCUGAUGAGGAAACACGAGGCGUUCGAGAGCGAUCUGGCCGCCCACCAGGAUCGCGUGGAACAGAUCGCCGCCAUCGCUCAAGAACUCAAUGAGCUGGACUACCAUGAUGCGGCCACAGUAAAUGCCCGGUGCCAGGGUAUCUGUGAUCAGUGGGACAAUCUAGGGACUCUUACCCAGAAGAGGAGGGAUGCUCUGGAGCGCGUGGAGAAACUGUGGGAGACUAUUGACCAGCUGUACCUGGAGUUCGCCAAGAGGGCGGCGCCCUUCAACAACUGGAUGGACGGAGCCAUGGAGGAUCUGCAGGAUAUGUUUAUAGUGCAUAGCAUUGAGGAAAUCCAGAGCCUGAUUACCGCCCAUGACCAGUUCAAGGCCACCCUUCCAGAGGCUGAUAAGGAGAGAAUGGCCAUUAUGGGCAUCCAGAAUGAGAUUCUUAAGAUUGCUCAGACCUAUGGCAUUAAGCUGAGUGGAUUCAACCCGUACACCAAUCUCUCCCCACAAGACAUCAGUAACAAGUGGGAGGCUGUGAAGCAGCUGGUUCCUCUUAGGGAUCAGAUGCUGCAGGAGGAGGUUGCUAGGCAGCAGGCUAACGAGAGACUGAGGCGGCAGUUUGCAGCCCAGGCCAACAUCAUCGGACCCUGGAUCCAAACCAAGAUGGAGGAAAUUGGUCACGUCUCUGUUGACAUCGCCGGUUCUCUGGAGGAACAGAUGAACAACUUGAAACAAUACGAGCAGAACAUCAUCAAUUACAAAUCCAACAUUGACAAACUGGAGGGCGAUCAUCAACUCAUUCAGGAGGCCCUGAUCUUCGACAACAAACACACCAACUACACCAUGGAGCAUAUCCGUGUGGGCUGGGAGCAGCUGCUCACCACCAUCGCUCGCACCAUCAACGAGGUGGAGAACCAGAUCCUGACCCGCGAUGCCAAGGGUAUCAGCCAGGAACAGCUCAACGAAUUCAGAGCUUCCUUCAACCACUUUGACAGGAAGAGAAAUGGCAUGAUGGAUCCGGACGACUUCCGUGCCUGUUUGAUCUCUAUGGGUUACGAUCUGGUGAGAAGCUGUCAGGGUGAGGUGGAGUUUGCCCGUAUCAUGACCCUGGUUGACCCCAACAACACAGGCGUGGUGACCUUCCAGGCCUUCAUCGACUUCAUGACCCGUGAGACAGCUGAGACUGACACUGCUGAACAGGUCAUGGCCUCAUUCAAGAUCCUGGCCUCUGACAAGCCAUAUAUCACAGUGGAGGAGCUGCGUAGGGAGCUGCCCCCAGAACAGGCUGAGUACUGCAUCACCCGCAUGACCAAGUUCAUCGGAGGCGAAGCUCCUCCAGGCGCCCUCGACUACAUCUCCUUCUCCAGCGCCCUGUACGGAGAGAGCGACUUGUAA